UAUUCAUAACCUUACCCUCUUACUACUUCUGUGUUAAGUCUCAUCACUUCUCAGUUCUCAACAAAACACAACAAUACAUCAAUUCUUCAAAUAUAUAGAGAAGAAAAGGAGAGCUUUAAAAUCAUAAAGAAGUAAGUUUUUGCAAGAUUGGAUCAAGAAAAUGGGAAGGCCUCCGUGUUGUGAUAAACUUGGUGUCAAGAAGGGUCCAUGGACACCUGAGGAAGAUAUCAUGCUUGUUUCUUAUGUUCAACAACAUGGACCUGGUAACUGGCGUCAAGUACCUACUAAUACGGGACUGCGAAGAUGCAGUAAGAGUUGUAGAUUAAGAUGGACGAAUUAUCUGAGGCCUGGAAUCAAAAGGGGAGAUUUCACUGAUGAUGAGGAGAAAAUGAUCAUUCAGCUUCAAACUCUUCUGGGCAACAAAUGGGCAGCUAUAGCUUCAUAUCUUCCUGAAAGAACAGAUAAUGACAUCAAGAACUACUGGAAUACUCAUUUGAAAAAGAAGCUGAUCAGAAAGCAUCAGAGAGGAUUUGAGGAUCAAGAUCUAAUUCACAAUAACAAAGAUCAUUUCGCGUGUUCAACAACUUCAUCCUCUUCUCCACACUGUAUCUCCAGAGGCCAGUGGGAGAAGAGGCUUCAAACCGAUAUUCAUAUGGCGAAACAAGCGCUGAAUGAUGCUUUAUCUAUUGAUCAUAAGCCCAUUUUGGUACCCCAAGCUAUAAAAACAUGCACACAAACACCUGUUUACCCUUCUAGCACUGAUAACAUUGCUAAAUUGCUUAAAGGGUUUAUGAAAAACUCACCCAACAAUAACAAAACGUGCUCGAAUUCGAGCACUAACGAGUCAAGUGAUGAAGUUAAUGCUCUUAGCAGUGAAAGCAAGACAUCUUCUGGAACUAAUUUGUCUGAAGCAUUUGAAUCCCUUUUUGAGUUUCAUCCAUCUUUCCCAUCUCCGAAUAAUUCUGAGUUUUCGCAAACAAACACGUCUACGGAGGGAAGUAUCUUCCAAGGGGAAAGCAUCCAAGAUCUGCGAUUUUCGAUGUCCGAGAAUUGGUUGCUUGAUCAAACAACUGGGGACGUGUUUGAUCAAGGAAAAGAAGAUUUAUCUAACUUUUCCUUUGAUGAAAACACUAACUUUUUUGAUGAUUGAUUCAUUGCUUAUAUCAAUCAAUCAAUUAAUCUUGUUUCUUUGUAAUUUUGUGGAGGGUUAAAUUAAUUAAUUGACAUUAGAGAUGUAGAACUCAAUUUGUUUUGAAGUUGGCAUGUGACUUCUACAAACCAUUUUCUGUAUUUUGUUUAGAAUUUAAGUUUUGGGUUCUAAGAUUUGUAGCUU